CGAGAAACUUCAAUCUCCGGACUUGGAAGCUUCGCGCUCGUCUCCCACUUCAGCAACCUUCGACCAUCGCGCGCACCUUACCGACCGACUACCAUCUCAAUUCGAGAGCUGCCCACUUGGUCAUGGCAGAAGUCGAGACGAGGCCUGAUGCGGACGUCACAGCUCCCGAUGACGCGCACGUCGGCGCGCAAGAGUCCGUCCUCACGACAGGUAGCAACGAGGUGGCGGCCCCAACAGAGAAGAAAGUGAAGAAGAUUAUCCGGCGGAAGAAGCGCCCGGCGCGGCCACAGAUCGACCCAGCCUUGAUCAAGUCGGAACCGCCACCACAGACGGGCACCGUGUUCAACAUUUGGUACAACAAGUGGUCUGGCGGCGACCGUGAGGACAAGUACCUGUCGCAGACCCACGCCAAAGGGAGGUGCAAUAUUGCCCAUGACUCUGGGUACACGCGCGCUGAUUCGCGGCCGGGGUCGUAUUUCUGUCUGUUCUUCGCAAGGGGAAUAUGCCCCAAAGGACAAGACUGCGAUUACCUACACCGAUUACCCGGCGUUCACGACAUAUUCAACCCGAAUGUCGACUGCUUCGGGCGCGACAAAUUCAGCGACUACCGUGACGACAUGGGGGGCGUUGGCAGUUUCACCCGCCAGAACCGGACCAUCUACAUUGGCCGGAUCCAUGUUACGGACGAUAUCGAAGAGAUCGUUGCGCGGCACUUCGCGGAGUGGGGCCAAAUCGAGCGCAUCCGCGUGCUUAACACCAGGGGAGUGGCAUUCGUGACCUACACCAACGAGGCAAAUGCGCAGUUUGCAAAGGAGGCCAUGGCUCAUCAGUCUCUGGAUCACAACGAGAUCCUGAACGUUCGGUGGGCGACAGCAGACCCAAACCCGAUGGCGCAAAAACGCGAGGCGCGGCGUAUCGAGGAGCAAGCAGCGGAGGCCAUUCGGAAGGCGUUGCCGGCGGAAUUUAUUGCUGAGAUUGAGGGCAAGGACCCGGAGGCGCGGAAACGUCGGAAAUUGGAAAGCAGUUAUGGCUUGGAAGGGUACGAAGCCCCAGAUGAGGUGCACUUCGCUCGGGGACCGAAUGCUGUCAACCCGAGGGGCCGAGAAGGGUACGAACUUGAGCAUGAGCAGCGGCUCAUGCUGCAGGCGGCGGAGGCUCAAUUCGCAGAGCACGCGCAACCUCCAGCGCAGGGUGAGGCAAAAUCGGGGGGAAUUCUUUCGGGCAGCACUUUGGCCGCUUUACAAUCAGCCCAGGUGGCUGUUGCCACAAAAGCGAAGGCCACUGCUCCAUCCGGGCCGUUAGUUGCCUACGACAGCGAUGACAGCGAUUAAAGAAUGCGGACCAUUCACCCCGCGUACCAGUUGAUAAUACCACCAAAUAAGACAGCAUUGAUGCUGUUUCAUGACGUUUCUGUAUUGGAUCUAUUUGCCCUGUAUCAACUAUUGAAUAUCCUCGAGUACAAAGCCUCAUGCCUCCCCACCCACAGAUCCAUGACCGGCAGGUUCUGCCCGGCCUCCUCGACUCUGGUAUGCCACUCGCGCUCGAUCAUGGCCGUGAUCAGGCCCUGCACCGUCUCGCUCGCCAGCGUCUUUUGCGCCUGGUACGGUCCAAACAUGCCCGCCCGCACGGCCGCGGACACGAGCGCCUUGACGUGGCCCAGCAU